CCGGAACAGCGCCGCUACAAUGGAGUCCCAACCUUGUUCUCGCCUAACAAGUAAAAGAGGCAGCAGACCAGACCUUGUCGGGAAGAGAUUCAUGCAUCCUUAUGGUCGAAUUGUAUCCGUCGCUUUAUUCUCCCGCUGGAUUGGUUCGUUACCAUCAGGCAUCUCAAGCGGCAUGUCGGGAAUUCAAUCAUCAGAAGAGGGGAUGGAUAACGAUCUGUCACACGGGCAAAUGAAAAGGAGCACAACCUCCAGGAGAUGUAUAAAAGCCAUUCUCAUCUUGGACCUGAUGCCACAAUUCUCUUCACUUGAUAAAUCUCAACAGCAUUCUCCUUUGCUAGUGAUUGAGUGAAACACUUGUCCAUCUUCCAAAUAUCUGACAGUAUCUGUCUAGUCACUCAUCCUCACAAUCGUGCCUCAUUAUGGCUUCCAUCAAACCCCCAUUCACCCUCGAAAGUGCGCGAGCAAAAGUCAAGUUUGCUCAAGCCAUGUGGAACACACAAAAUCCGGUCACGGUGUCGAACGGCUACACCCCAAAUUGUAUAUGGAGAAAUCGGACAUCAUUCAUUCGAGGCACUGAUGAAAUUGUCGACCUGCUACGCCAAAAGUGGGAGAAGGAGGCCAAUUACCGGCUUCGGAAGGAAUUGUUUGCAUUCACUGCUAACAGGAUCGCCGUUCAAUUCUGGUACGAAUAUCAAGACCGACACGACAGCAUGAAAUGGAAGCGGUGCUAUGGGCUCGAAGACUGGACCUUUGACCAUGAAACCGGGAAGAUGGAGAAGAGGCACAUGAGCGCCAACGAAAUUCUGCUCGGCCAAGAUGGAGACGGUAUCGCCGUCCCUGCCAAAGGCAUCGAAGGACGUUGGUUUGUGGAUGGCGUCGACGUUGAUGAUAAUAGUGUGACGGAAAAGCUUACGGCCACCCACUAUUGAUUUUUGGUUAGGCAUUGGGGAGUGAACCAGGAUUCAUGAUCACAGGAAGGUAACAACAGGUACUCGAGGAGCGAAGUUAUGUUGCAUCCAUAGCCAUUGUAUUGACUUGUAUCUUUGAUUAUACCAAAAAAGCCCCAAACUCCAC